AUGCAUCUACUCCCAUACACGUUGGUUCUGCUUACCGCUUCUGCGGCCUAUCUACCGCCACGCGCUUUGGAUCCGUGCAUUCAAGAUGUACAAGACAUUGAGGCGGUCCAGCUCGACGGACCAACUGCCGACGGCACCGCAGGCAUUGGAGCUGAAUUUGAGAGUCCAGCCUUCUACUUCACAAGUCCUAGUUGCAGUGUCGAGGAUACAAAUGCGGCGAGAAAACAGGUCGUCGCACAGCGUACUGGGACGAACUGGGAGUUGACGGCAGACUCAACUUCUGAUCCAGGAAAGAUCAAUGCAGAGUACAUUUUGAAUGGCGUGAACAUCAAAGUUGGGAGUGGAGAUGGUGCAACAGCAGGUAAAGCGUGGGCGGAUGACCUUAUCGCUUGGAGACCGUGGGGUGGGAGCCCGCCAAACUUCGUCAACAUUGCGAAUAGCAAUUGUAACCCGUGGAAGAUCGCCACAAAUCAAAAAUCGGACCCGAAUAAUCUGCCCUGGGCUCCGCAGAUCACUGCGCCAAUGCCACUCGAAGCCCUAUACAGUCUGAUGAUAGAGAAUCAGGCGGAUCCUGACAACAAGAACAUUCUCGACGGGAGUAAUUUCAGAGGGGACGCCAUUCUUGUUGUCGUUACACAGGCGUAUUUCCAGUCCAACCCAAAUAACAUCGACAAAUCCAAAAUGACCGACGAUGUGCUUGCCUUCUGUUCCUUAGUAUUAUCCUAUGCCAAAGCCGCGAGCAACACAUUGCAGGGGAAUCAGAGCCCUAAGCUGUUCACAGUCUUCAUGCCUCGAACUGAGUUUAUCACCCUUUUUGGAAUUGUCAAAUCAAAGCUUACAGGCGAUCUUUUCAAGCUUUUUGACAAUCUUGCAUGCUACAAGACGGUUAACCAAAACGUUGUGGUUGACACUGACUACUGCACGGGGCCCCUGACAGCCCCAGUCUCCAACAACAGGUUGGGUGGCCUAGAGUAUUCUAACCCCGCAACCACUCCGCCUACCACCGUGAACAUCAAAGACUGGAUUACAGGCAUCGGCAGCGGCACUGGCGUAGGGACUCCCCCAGUAGACGCGCUUUCAGACUUUGACAGAAGCAUCGACGCAUCCAUUGGAGGCCUUGCCACCAGAAUGGAGAAAAUGUACAACUCACAGCGCUCGGUGCCCUUGUUCGAAUUUCGAAAUCUAGAUACAAUUCCGACGCCAGGAGUCGAGCAGUUCAUGACCAACGUAGACUCAGCGAUCCAAGCCCUCCACGGACAGUUCGCCAACGCCCCCACCAAGAGGAAGCGCCAAGCCCCCGCCAGUUGCAUAAGGCCCUUCGCCGCAAAUGCGACAAGCUCGGUCUUCACCGCGAGCCCCGCGACUCCCUCCCCUACCGUCGUUGCCCCCGCGAGUCCCGCGACCCCCUCCCCAACCGUCGUUGCCCCCGUGGACCCUCCAUCUCAGCCGAGUUGUGUUCCCACUCCGACAAGCUCUGUCAAAGACUCCCACGAGUCAGAGCUUGAAAAGGCAGCUGCGUUUUUCUGCAGCCAAUACGCCGACAGCACCGUCCAAAACGGCCCCAUCAACAUCGCAGACACCAUCAUCGCCGGUGACAAAACGGAGGGCCGGGAAACAGUAGAUGUCGCAUACGUCUAUCCGCCCAGCAUGGGCAACCAGGACGAUGUCUAUAACAUCGCAGUCACAUCUGUACCCAACUGUACUCCAAACGGAGGAUAUAAUCUUGCGACGCCUGUGGCGAAUAACCAGUGCGCUGACAUUUUGCAUAGCGCAUGGAAGCAAUGUAACAACCAAGGACGUGGUGGAGCGAUCACCGCUGGCUGCUUGGUCUAUAGUAUCGCUACGAAAUACUAG